AUAAAAUCUGGAAAAAAAAAAAAAGAAGGGAAGAUUGAAAAUACCAUCCUUCCAAAUUCUUAAGGUUGGAGGGCAAGAUUUUUUGAGAUAUUUUAAUCUUUUUGAUCCUACAAACAAAAAGACAAAAGAAAGAUCUAAUAAAGUAGUCUACCUCUUCAAGCAAUCUUAACCGUUGGAUCCUGACCCGGAAUUCAUAUCGCUUGCACCGCCUGUUAGCUCUCCAUUCCAAUUCAUCGCAACCAAAAUCCCUCGAAAACAAAACAAAAUUAGACGUUACCUAUAUAGAGAGACAGAAGAAUCGAAGUUUCUGAUAGCAAAAAUGGCAGACCACUUUGAGGAUUUAGACCAACUUCUUGAUAGUGCUUUGGAUGAUUUCCAGACUCUCAACCUUACCACUCCUCCUCAAAGUAGGGCAGGAGGAGGAGAUCCUGAAGAAAAGAAGCAAGAAUCUGGUUCUUUACCAAGUGGGGUUCAAGGGUUAGGAAUGGGAUUACCUGACUUGAAAAGCAAGAAAAAGGGAAAGCAAAAGGUUUCCAGGGAAUCUCAUGUCACAGAGGCUCUUGAUAAACUGAGAGAACAGACCAGAGAGACUGUAAAAGGAUUGGAAUCAAUGUCGAAACCUGGCGGAGAUGAUUUCGGUAAGGAUGCAAUGAUGGAGGAUUGGGUCAAGCAGUUUGAGGAGCUUGCUGGGUCUCAGGACAUGGAAUCGAUUGUAGAGACUAUGAUGCAACAACUUUUGUCUAAGGAGAUUCUUCAUGAACCCAUGAAGGAAAUUGGAGAAAGAUACCCACAGUGGUUACAGGAGCAUAAAGCUAGUUUGAGCAAAGAAGAAUAUGAACGUUACUCCCACCAACAUGAACUGAUAAAGGAGCUUAAUGGUGUUUAUGAAAAUGAUCCUAAUAACUUCACCAGGAUUGUUGACCUCAUGCAAAAAAUGCAAGAGUGUGGUCAGCCACCAAAUGAUAUUGUGCAAGAGCUUGCUCCUGAAUUUGAUCUAUCCAAUCUUGGCCAGCUAUCCCCAGAGAUGCUCGAUUCACAGCAAAACUGUUGUAUAAUGUGAGGCAAAUAUCCUGUUGCAGACUAUGUUUUCUUCUAUUUAAUAGAUAUUCUUUUAAUGUUUCGGGAAAAUAAAGUAGCUUUCCUUUAACUUCUAAGUUAUUUGAUCCUUCAAGAAAUUAGAUGAUCAAUAUUUUGAGCCUAGUCUCUUGUUAAGCAUAUGUAUGAUUAUGGGAAAAGAGGUUUAUGAAUUAUGAACAAGGUUCAGUGUGCAAUUUGCUUGGUGAUUCUUUAAAUG